AUGCCAUCCACCGUAACCGCCGCCAGCACCGGGCUGGCAGUGUUGUUGCUUUUCGUCGUGUAUCGCGUGUUGCGCAUCGGUCGCCGAGACCCGCGUCUGCCUCCGGGGCCGCCGACGGUUCCAGUCUUGGGCAAUGCACAUCUCAUCCCGACCACGGGGAUUGGACUAAAAUUCCAAGAAUGGGUGCAGAAAUAUGGCCCGAUAUACUCGCUCAAGGUGCUGGACUCGACCAUUGUCGUCAUCUCCGACCCCCAGAUCGUCGGGCAGCUGCUGGACAAGAAGGGCGCCAUCUAUUCGGACCGGCCGGAGAACGCGGUGGCCAUGCACGUCACCGACGGCCACCACUUCUCCUUCGAGCAACAGGGCCCGUCGUGGAAGCUCAAGCGCGCCAUCGCCGUGCGGCAUUUCAGUCCGCAGAAGCUGGACACGCAUCACUUCCGCGUCCAGGAAGCCGAAUCCGUCGUCUUCAUGAACAACCUGCUGGAAGACCCCGACCGCAUCUUCGAUUAUGCGCGCCUGUAUCCCGUCUCGGUGGCGUGUUCUCUGCUGUAUGGACAUCGGGCCCGGGAUCUGGAUUCGUUCUGGUACAAGGACUUUUAUCACAUGAUGGAAAAGUGGGGAGAAGUGCUCGAACCCGGGGCCAACCCGCCCAUCGAAGAGUUCCCUCUGUGCUGGUACAUGCCGGGCCUGUGGCGGAAGCGCAUGGACGAAGUCAAGAAGCUGCGAGCGGAUCUCUGGACCCGCGCGCGGAAGAUUGUCGACGCACGGAGACAGAAGGGCGACAAGCGUGACUGCUUGAUCGACGAGAAGCUCGACGAGCUGAAGGAGAGCGAUAAUUGGCCGUAUCCCGAAUUUGCCUUCAACAACUUGUUUGGCGAGCUGGUCGAGGCCGGCGCCGACACCACCGCGAACCAGGUGCUCACCAUCAUCAUGGCGCUGGCCAAACAUCCCGAAGUGCAGCGCAAGGCUCAGGCGGAGAUCGAUCGCGUCUGCGGUCCGGACAAGGCUCCCACUUUUGAUGACUUUGAGAAAUUGCCUUAUAUCAACUGUAUCAUCAAGGAGGGGUUGAGAUGGCGACCAACCGCACGUACGGCUUUACCACAUCGCGUGACAAAAGACGACUACUAUAACGGAUACCUGAUCCCCAAAGGCAGUACCAUCUUCAUCGCAGUGUGGGCGAUGCAUCAGGAUGAGAAGCUGUACGCCGACCACGUUCAGUUCAAUCCCGACCGGUUCCUCAACCACCCCAAGCUGGCCAACGAGUAUGCUUCGUCGCCGGAAUAUGAAAAGAGAGAUAAUUUACAUCACUACGGCUACGGCGCCGGCCGUCGCAUCUGUCCUGGCGUGCAUCUGGCCGAACGCAACAUGUGGCGCAUCACAGCCAAGCUCUUGUGGGCGUUCAACAUCUACGAACCCACGGAUCCGGCCACGGGCAAGACCAUUCCUCUGGACGAGAAUGCCUACAACUCCUGUAUCUUGGUCAGUCCGUUGCCGUUUAAAGUCCGAGUGGAGCCUCGGAGUGAGAAGGUCUUGCAGGCGGUCAAGAGGGAGAAGGCCGAUGCAUUGGCUUUUCUUUCGCAGUAUGACAAUUGA